AUUAAACUGGUUUGACGCGAGGCUCAUAAAUGUUCGGCUAACUCCUGGGAAAACUGUUCGAAAUUUAGUUAAACAGUACUGACGCCUGAGAUCAACUAUACCUUGAAAGAUGUUUUAGGUAGCAUAAUAAAAGAUGCUAAAGGCCGUUAAGGAGUUGGGGAUCAACGUCACUCACUUUAUUAUAUUUUUCCCAUCUUAAAUUAUCUACACGGUCCUUCGAGUGAUUUACCGAGUUUAGCUCAAGAAGUGCUUCAUCGGUAGUUGUGAGGGAAGGUUGCAUUCGCGGGGCAUUCGAGAUAGCCAACAAUAAGUCUAGCCUUAGUCGGAAGCUGCUGAAAUCUUUUGAUCCUCUUGAUAACUUUCUAGAAGGUACCCCCCUCCUUCCCACCCCCCCUAUCCACCCUAUCAUCGACUCUCCUUAUUUCCUCACUGCCGAAGUCUUCUUAAAUUUCCUACCGUAUCUACCAUUUCUAUACUAGCAACCACUUUAUUUUUGCUUGCUCGCUAUUUAUUCACAGCUAUACCAUAAUGCUCUUUUCUGAAAAGACUCGUACACUUGACUCUAUACUAAAUGCGGACCCUGUAGACUCACUUUUUUCCGACCUUUUACCUACAGCAAAUAACAACCUCGCUCGACAUAAUUUUGAGGUAGCUCCUGUAAAGGAAGCUACGAGUUUUGUCAAGAAGUGGAACAACUCUUGUCAUGAAAAUUUAAAAAUAAAAUUUAACCACGGCACGACCACUCUCGGUUUUAUUUAUCAGGGUGGUGUAAUAGUAGCAGUUGAUUCUCGUGCAACUGCUGGCUCUUACAUCGCUUCUCAAACUGUCAAGAAAGUUAUUGAGAUAAAUCCUUAUCUCCUUGGUACAAUGGCUGGAGGAGCAGCAGAUUGUUCAUUCUGGGAGCGGCAGUUGGCUCUGCAGUGCAGACUACACGAAUUGCGGAAUAAAGAUAGAAUUUCGGUGGCAGCCGCCUCUAAAGUUCUUGCCAAUAUGGUUUACAGCUAUAAAGGAAUGGGUCUUUCCAUGGGAACGAUGCUCGCUGGCUGGGACAAGAGGGGUCCCGGCCUUUACUAUGUGGACAACGACGGGACUCGGCUAAAAGGAAAGUUGUUCAGUGUUGGUUCUGGCUCCACUUAUGCCUACGGAGUGCUCGACGCUGAGUACGACAACGAGCUGCAUGACGAGGCCGCCAGAGAGCUCGGGCGCAGAGCUAUCUACCACGCGGCUCACAGGGACGCCAUGUCGGGCGGCUUCGUUUCAGUCUACCACGUGAAGGAGGACGGAUGGGAAUUUGUAAGCAGAACGGACGUGGCUGAGCUCCACAGUAUAUAUAAAACAGACCAGUUCCUGCCAGUUUCUUAAAAGCCGGUCUUUAUAUGCAGA